UCUUCAAAAGAAGCAAAUUUCGCGCACAUUGAAGCUUCCUUAAUCAACGAACACUAGCAAAAUCACAAAAUGACUGUUGCUACGACGUAAACCGUACUAGACAGUCACAAGAUCGAUUGCAAACACCGAGUGUCACGGAGUGUAGUCUGAAAUUUUGUACAAUCCUAAAUUCACUUCCCAUGAUACCAUCACCAUCAGCACGCACAUAUUUGCCUCAUUCAGUGAAAAAUAUUUUGAAGUCCAUAUAAGGACUGGAUUAUCUUUGAAUUAUUUUCAAAAAUCCCUUGAGGCCAUGAAAUGUAAAUGAACUUUGAAGCCAACUACAUAGUUCUCACACUCCCGGAAAAUGAUUAAUUAAAAUAUCUGUCAGUCCAGACUGUAUCAUAGGUGCAGUGCUUGACGGCCUCUUCAUGGUCGAUAUUCCUGUUCACAGCUGAUUUAAAUCCACAUGCCUAGCAUUUGAUGAAAUUCGUCUGCACUGGGAGAGACCGGGAUGACACUAAGUCCGGACACAGUGGGCACUACCAUUUUCGUCAAAGGACCGCUCGGUGCCGACUUGCAGUUUGUUAACAACACUGAAUUCGGUUAUACCUGCGGACAGUGUGUGCGCUUUUUGUCCACAUCAGAUCUGCAUCCUCGACAGAAGCCUAAGGAUAAAUUAUUUCAUAUACCGUUUCGAGAGUAUGGCUUUCUCAGGACUGUUCCGGGGAAGGCCUUUUUCUCGCUCACGGCACUUCAGCGUAAUCCAUUGGUUUUCAUAUAUAAAUAUCCGGAAUUCAUUGAAGUGUCCCGGAUAGACGAUAAUACCGUUGGUGAACUUCUGGAUGUUGCCUUUACGUACACCAAACUUUUGCUGAUACUCACUGGACAACCAGAAUGCCAGAUAACGAUCUGGAACUGGGACACUCAGGUAUUCGUCUCCAAGUAUAUACAGCGCGAUCUGUACAGCCCAAACCUGCAUCUUUCGUGUUCGCCUUGCAACUGGCGGGAUUUCUGUAUAACAAGCGAUUCAUCCAUCAGAAUUUUCACAAUCGAUCACGGCUUGCCGGAAGAGGACAAAGGUGCUCCAGUGACCUGCGAACGACCGUUUAUAAUCCCGUACGAUGAUUCCUCUCAAGCACGCCAAAUUGGUGACCUUUUCCAAAGCGUCCAUUCAUCCAAUCCAGCGGACUUUCUGGGCCUGGCAGCGAUAGCGCAGGUGCCUCCUAAUGUGUCUGAAAGCUUUAUUGAUGAAGUCUUGGGACGGAAAAGAUUCACUCCGACAUGUCAUUCUUGGCACGUAGAUGGCGCACUGUAUAUUGGUACUCUAGAGGGAAAACUAUUGUACUUCAACCUGCACCACGGCGUUGCCCAUCCAAAUGUGUUAAGUUACACGCAGGACUACGGUGCACCAGUAAAACAGAUUCUGUCGUUCAAAGAGGGAACUGUGGUGCUUAGCGGAAAUGGCGACGUUGACGUGCUUAAGCAGCAUUCUCCGACCGAUGUCAGCCAUAAUCCCAUUAUUCGACUAGAAGAAAAUUUCACACAAAUCUGGAGCAGUCCGUCGCGUGCGCAGUGGCUGGGAAUAACAAUAAACUUCGAUCUGAUGAUGUUUCAUCCAUCCGGCACGUUGGACAAACAUCUACUUAGUCGGGAUGAAAUCGCUCCUUACACGUACCUGGAAAAAUUCCAUGAUGGCUGUUUUUUAUCAAUACAAGAACCCGGCGUUUUGAAAAUUUGGAACAAUGACAACGAAGCGUUACUGAGCCUUCAGUUAUCCGUUCAAGUAACGGUCGCCGCCAUCUGUCCAGCCUAUCGUUGUAUCUGCCUCGGCACAGAUGUUGGCUAUCUGUACUUUGUGGACUGUUUGAAAUCCGCGCAAAGCGAAUUCCCCCGGAUGGUUCAUAAAAUGCGAUUGUUUUCAGCUGCCGUAGUGAAACUGUUGUACAAUUCUACAGGAAAAAUUAUUUUCGCUGUUGGAGAAAAUGAUCCAAUGGCGCUAACGAUCCUCUCUGGUUUACCAUCUCGAAAAUGGAAUGUUAUGGGAAUCGUUAAAAUGUCCAUGGCGGUGGAUGGUGUGCAUUCAGUUUAUUCUAACGAUGGCUCCUUUGUGCUAGUAACGUUGACCGAUAAGCCGAAAAAAGGAGCAACAGAUGUGGUAACGUUUCAGUUGACCAAUGCCUUGUUACAACAACCGGAUGAUUAUUUGGCCAGCCCCCUGCAUGAUUUCGAUGACACCAAAUUGAAUCUUCGCAGACUGAAGCUGAAAGUGCCUGUGGUAGCUAUAGAGCUUGAAAGCCCAACGUCCGCAUUUCUAGUGACAUCUACAAAGCAUUUAGCACACGCUUCUACUACUGACUGGAUGAAGGCCCCUGAUUUAAUCAAACUAACCGAAUCUUUGCCGUUUCCUAUAUGUCACCUAAAAUUGUUUCCUGGUGCAAAAUACGUCCUGACCUGUAACAAACAAGGAACCACGGAAAUCCGAUUAACCGACGAGAAUUUUACACUCCAGGUGUUCGACACUCUGCUUACCGGCACUCCGAGAUUGGUGAUCAUAAAACAACGGGGUUUAAGAAAUCGCGUGUUCAUGUUAACGGCUGAAGGGAGGCUGGUUUGUCGUUCACUGCCUGUGGUCAAUGAACUGGUGACCGAUGUCUGGGUUAAGCAAACCGAUGAAAUUCGCAUAGAACUGGAAGCUUUAAGUGGACUUUCCGUUCUUGAUAGGGACUUCCUUCUGCCAUUAAGUUCUCCCGUUCCAGUCUUUUCAAGCGUUUCGGAAGCAGAAGAGGAGCCAUGGCUUGAGAUUAAAACACGCUUACAUUUGGAAGACAAAGCUGUGAAAGAUUCACUCCACGCUGAAGGUCUGAAGGAACAAUACGCAAAGCUGAAGAAGAAACUGUUAGACCUAUAUACCAAAAACACGUGGAAAAUUGGAUUGGAACGGUUGGCCGAAGUAUCUUUUGAGUUGCUAGAUCCUGGUUGGAUAACUUCAAAAAAAAGACAAGAAAGCGAGAUAAUAGAUGCUAAAGUUCGUGCAGCACUGGAGAUAAUCGAGCAGGAGCUUUAUAAAGAGCGCCUCUUAGCACGCUAUUGGAACCCCUUAGACACCAAGCUGCGUGGUCUACAUGGAUUACUGAGUGACCGCACCAUUAAAAAUUUUCCCAUUCGCCAACGCGCACCGAACGUGAAGGUAAUGGAAGAAAGGGUACGAUCGCACCGCUAUUUGUGUCGAUAUCUUGACCACUUUCGUGGUACAAACGCGAAUGAAGACAACAGAGAAUCAAUGAAAAAUAUGGACGAGAACGCAGUGUUUGUAAGCGGCCACGACUAUGUCAAGCAGACCAUACAAUUGUUAUGCAAAGGUGACGAGUCGCAGGCAGAAUUAUUUAGCUUAUUGUACGACGAUGACACGAUCACAUCCAGAUUCCAAAGGAUCGAACAGCUGCUAUUGCUGCGCUCGAGCGGAAUACUGAUCAAAGAAGCUUUUAACCGGCGUUUUGAUACACUUCUGAACGACAAAGUCCAGCUCUUGUCGGCAUUGCACCACAACUACGAGUUAAUUCAGAAGGCCGUUGCAAAAGAAGCCAGUGAAAUGCACCAUCCUAACAUGCCAAAAGUUGAAUUUGCACUAGCCAGCGACGAGAAUCCCGGGCAUGAAUUGUACCAAGUAACCGACGAGCAGAUUCUAGAACGUAUGAAGCGGACCCAAAUUUCUUUACCGUUCUUUCUGGACGUUAAUGAUUUAAACUAUCCGCUAAUUAUGCAAUCCCGUCAAAAUGCAGCAGCCAACGCAGCACGCACUCGAGCCAAAGCCAACGCAGUAAAUCUUGGAAAAUCUCUUUCGGCUCUGCGUAUCGCUUCCCAUCAGCCGAAGAUCACUAUGCCAGUAGAAGAAAUUCUGAUUAAUCCUGAUGAAUUAGCGCGGUCCUGUGAUAAAAUGAUUACAACUUUCGAACAAGACUUGGAAAAUUUGCAAGGGUUAAAAGAACGGGCAGUAUUUGCAGCUAGCUUACUUGACCUCCGAGCUAUGUAUAUUAGACAGCGCCUUCUUCAUUUGGAACAAGUUAAAGCCUGGACCGCCGACAUACAACACCGCUGGGAAACCACCACCAAACUUGCUGACUACAUUAAAGCGAACGGCAGCCGAUCUCACAAAAUGAUGCAGAUAAUUCGUCAACAAUACGAAGACUGUGCUCGCAAAGAUGCGGCACUGGACUUUUCUAUCAAGCGAGAGCUACAUGACCUUUCCGAUCUGGAUGGAAAACGGCUGGUGUCCAUGUAUCGUAAGCGACCACACCUCUUUCGCGGAUUAAAACAGGCGACAUAUUUUGAAGGACAGAUGUGUCGCCCCCGUACUGCUGAGCUAAAAGAAAAGGUCACAGAAGAAUUCUACCAUAGUUUACGGAUGAUUGAAGAUCCCGAGCAAAGACCAGAGGAUAUUGAUUACAGAAUUUGGCAUAGAUACUGUGAACAUCGUCGCAAAAAGAUGGAAUCGGAAAUGGAAUUCUGGUUGAAGCAUAUGGAGCUAGAACUGUAUCAGGGCUUGCAUUACGAUUAUAUAGAAUUAGAGAGAGCAUUGCAAACGGAAGUUGAGAAUGCGCAGUCGCAGCUGGGAGAAGUCGAAAGAAAGCAAAUAAUGCUAGAAAAGAAUACGGAUCUGGUUCUUACUGUCACGCAUGGGCAAAUCGAGGCCGAACUUGCACCAUUCCAGGAAUUUAACGAGCGAGUGAUCUUGAUACAACCGAAGCAUAUUCAAAACAUGAAUUUGCAGCUGCAGAACGGGUGCCGGAAAAAAAUGAAAGUCUUGGAACAAGUUGUUAAAUUUCGGGAAGCUAUACUGCUGCUUCAGUGGGAAAGAGAAGUGCAAAUGGAGAAGAUUGUGGAUUACCAAUACGAAAGGAAUUUUAUAAGCAGUCAAGUUGCUCCGCGAGAGAUUCGCAACAUGGUAGGGAAGGACCUAAACGAGUAUCGCGAUCAAACCUAUCUAAGGUUGAAACAGAAUCUGAGACAGCAAAAAGCGACAUUCAAAAGAAACCUGGACUUACUGGAAUAUAAGUUACAACUGCUGUACAAGAAGUUGGUAGCGCUGGAAAACGAGCGACACAAUGCGGAAGCGACAAUGCGGGGUUUGUCAUGUGAGCUGCAGGAGCGCCAGGCAGUUGCCAAUGACAUCGGUGUGCAAUCUGAUGUCAUCGAAAGCGAGACCAGGCGCAAUUUAAUAUGGCGAAGAUUACGUAUUCAGGCAGCCGUGAAGCAGCAGAAGAAACGAAUGGAAUUUUAUAAGGAAGAGCUCUUUCGUUGGCAGAAAAGAACCUUUCCUGCCAUCUACCAAGACAAACGGAAUCCCUGAACUGGCAGUCGUUUUCGCUCUGUUUGUUUGUAUGGCUGGUGACUUACUGUGUUAUUAAAAGAAAGUUCUCACAAAAAUCAGUUUCGUUUAUUAGUAUUUUUGCGUGCAUUACAGUGAUAAAAUUUUUAAACACAAGCAAAAAGAGUAAAAUUGUGAAAGAA